AAGCGGCAUAUGUGUACGGAUGUGAAAGUCUUACCGCAUUAAUGCAUUAGAACGAUCACUGCGCAGGUACUCACAUGUACAUCCACCGUUUUUGUGCUUACCGGCUCGCUGCGGCUGAUCACCCUGCGACGAUGUGGAUAGCAGAUUGCUUUUAAAGUCGGGUUACGCUUUGCCUUUACCUUUACCUUACAAUUUAGUAGCCUGCAACUGAUUCAUCAUAAAAUCGCUUGAGACACCACUAACCGCACUUGAUCAACGGUAGUUUUUUCUCAACGUAUGCCGAAUUUUUGACAAGAACGCUUCAUCCGCAUAACUCACACCUACUCGGCUAAACGGCAACUUGGCCCAAUCCGUCACCUAUUUCCUAGUGUAAAGUUAUGUUUUUAUAACACUGCUUAAUCCGUGUUGUCGUUUUCUUGCCAAACAGAUGGUUUGCCAGAGUUUACCUAAGCACGAGCACGUUCCUUAUUAACGAAGGCUCACCGGGGUUAUAUUUUCCCAGCAUUACGGUUGUGUGAGAGCGCUGAAUUGACCACCAUUAAAUUGUUCCCUGUGGAUUAUUAUUAUCGUUGAUUAGCUCGACAAAUACCGGUACAACGUGAACAUAUGGUCGGGUCAAAUCUUCGCCUUCAGUUUUUCGAAUGGCUUUUCCCAAAUUUACAUCGGAUCGAUUAGUAAGGUAUCAUCCAUCCUUCAAUGCCGCACUGCAGUCUACGCCAGACGUUCCAGGAUCCCAGACUGCAGCAUCAUUCGCGGCAAGCUCUCGAUCUCUGCCUGCACAAGCCCGGUCUAACACAUUUUCAUUUCCGGCGUUAUUCUCUAUCCGUGAAGGAAACACAGCGGAUGAUGUUUAUGUGAAACGGUUAUUUCUCCAUUCAGCGCUAGUUCAUACUGGAAUGGGAAUUAUUACGGUGUUACUAUCCGUAAUGUUAGGCACAACCGUGACGGAAGCCCUUUUGGCGGUAUGGCAGUUGUUUUGCGGUAUUAUCGGCUUUAGCGCUCUGUGCCUAGAGCGUCCGCCCACCACCACCUCCGACUCGCGCCCAGUCUUUCCCACAACAACAUGGCUGCGACUGUAUUCGUGUAUGACGGCCAUCGCUGUUCUGAUCUCCAUUGGCACCUGUGUCCACGGCAUUGUUAUCCUGUCGGCCGCCUCGCAGUUAGCCGUUCCCCGCAUGGCUGACUACGUGGACGCCGACCAUAUGGCCAUAUGGUACAUCAUCCUGGGCGUGUCCAACCUGGUGGCCGGAUUGGGCGGGGCCGCCGGAAAUGGGGUACUGCUGCGUAAAAUGCACCUUACCUGGCAGAAAGCGCAGACCACAGCAGCACGCAACAACGCCGCGGGGACCACCGUCCAGGUUGUGGGAGGACCGCCCCGAUAUACGGUGUCGGCCGGGGAUGCGGAAUUAACCGGAGCACACGCUACCGGCAGCGGACAUGAUCUCCAUUCAGUGGCCAGUAAUUCGCCGCCGCCGGCUUAUGCUAUCAGUCCGGAUCAGGUGGUGGUGUUGACCAGUGAACCACCGCCGAGCUACGAAGCAUCGCUGCAUACGCCUGCCGUUUUUAUAAUUAGCGCAAGCAGCUCUGCACAGACCGGUGGCAAAUAAUACUUACAUACCUCUACGUGUUUUGUCUUUCCCUUUCAAAAUUCAUAAAUUUGUAAUUCUUGAUUUUUUGGAUUGAUAAGUCGGCGUCGCGAUGAGUUUAACUGAUCCAUACUGACGAAGAUAUUUGAUACACUUAAAUUCGGGUUGUAUUUGUUGGUGAUUGUAUUUGUUUGCGCAGUUUUGUCUAGCAGAGACAUUCAUAAUUAAAUCUUUCGU